UUUCUCGCUUAUCUCUGAAUCUGGAGAUUUUGAUAAGGCUCUGACCUGCAUCAUUAUCACUCACUUUCAUUUGGAUCAUGUGGGAGCGCUUACCUACUUCACUGAGGUCUGUGGUUACCGCGGCCCAAUUUACAUGACUAUAUUGUUUCUGCCACUCAUCACUGGAGUAAAUAAUGGGGCAGUCAGUUCAGGUCCUUUCAGUGUGAUUCUUUUUUAGUCAAAGGCUGAUGGUCAAAUCAUUGCUUCCACAGCAGAUCAUUAGGAGCUUGGCCUUUCCUUUGAACUUCAUCAAAAUUCCCCUUUGAUGGAUGUUCACUAGGGUAUCCAUGCUCUAUCAGGUAUUGGGGAGCUCAUACUGCAGAAAGGUAAUUCUUGGACCCCUACUGAUGAAGACUUCUUUUUAGCAGAGAUCAGAGUCUUAUGGUUCGUCCUUUGGCUGGCUCAACUUCUGGGAUCAUGUUUUCUGAGAUUGAGGGUACAAUGAUUAUAUGAUAUAGUGAAUGAUUUUGAGGGGAGAGGGACAAUGAAGCCUGACUCAUUUAUCAGAGAGGCACACCUCACUGCAUGGAAUGGUUGCCUAGGCUGGCAUUUGCUACAUGGACAUUUGAGGGGCAUAUUGAGUUGUUCCCAUUUCUCCAAUUGUCCUCUUCUCUCUUUUGUUUCCAUUACCUUGUCUCUCAUUUUGUUUUCAACAAAUAUUUAUUCAUAAACAGUUUUAAAAGGAAGGAAACUAGUAAAGUGUUUGUCUGGUUUGUUUUGCACACUAAUGUGGUAACUCUUUGUUAAGAAAGAUAUUUAACAGAGCUUUUGUUAUUCUUCCAUAUUUAACAGAGCUUUAGUUAUUCUUCCAUAUUUAACAGAGCUUUAGUUAUUCUUCCACAAAUAUAUCUCAGAUGUUCCUGCAUUGGAACAAAUGUAACUAUGUAAUUUGAAUGGACUGAUUUCAAACUAUCUUGGAGGUUUAUGUAGACUUUAGUAUAUUUUUGCAUCCUCAUGUUAGCUGUGUUUGAAUGGCUCCAACUUUGACACACAUUCAUAUUUUAGUAAUGCCUACAUGUUUUGUGCUUGGAUCUUCACCAGAACUACAAAUUUGUGAGAAAAUAGACAAAAUGCACCUGUUGUGCAGUCUAAACUUAUUUUUAAUACAGUAUCCUACAAAGGCUUUGGCUCCUUUGAUGCUGGAGGAUUUUAGGAAAGUGAUGGUAGACCGUAGAGGCGAGGAAGAACAGUUCACUUAUAAUCAUAUAAUGGAUUGUAUGAAGAAAGUUACAGCGGUGGAUUUGAAGCAGACCGUGCAAGUUGAUAAGGAUCUCCAAAUUCGUGCAUAUUAUGCAGGGCAUGUUCUUGGUGCAGCAAUGUUUUAUGCAAAAGUUGGAGACAGUGCGAUUGUCUACACGGGGGAUUAUAAUAUGACACCUGAUAGACAUCUUGGAGCAGCUCAAAUUGAUCGACUACAACUUGACCUACUUAUAACAGAAUCCACAUAUGCAACAACGGUACGUGAUUCGAAAUAUGGCCGUGAGAGGGAGUUUCUCAAGGCUGUUCAUAAAUGUAUAUCUGGUGGAGGAAAAGUUUUGAUUCCAACAUUUGCUUUGGGAAGAGCGCAGGAGCUUUGUAUACUAUUGGAUGAUUACUGGGAGCGAAUGAAUCUAAAGAUUCCUAUUUACUUCUCAGCAGGUCUAACUAUUCAGGCUAAUAUGUAUUACAAGAUGCUUAUCGGAUGGACCAGCCAAAAAAUCAAAGAUACAUAUGCAACACGCAAUGCUUUUGACUUCAAACAUGUUUGCAGUUUUGACCGCUCUUUAAUCAAUGCCCCUGGACCAUGUGUUCUCUUUGCUACACCUGGGAUGAUCAGUGGUGGUUUUUCACUUGAGGUUUUCAAGCAGUGGGCUCCCUCUGAGAUGAAUCUUGUUGCACUGCCUGGGUAUUGUGUGGCUGGAACAAUAGGACAUAAGUUGAUGUCAGGUAAACCCACAAAAAUUGAUCUGGAUAAGGACACUCAAAUUGAUGUGCGAUGUAAGAUUCAUCAGAUGUCUUUUAGUCCUCACACGGAUGCCAAAGGGAUUAUGGAUUUGGUCAAGUUUCUCUCCCCGAAGCAUGUAAUACUUGUACAUGGCGAAAAGCCUAAAAUGGCAACCCUGAAAGGGAGAAUCCGGACUGAAUUGGGAAUCCAGUGUUAUGAUCCAGCAAAUAAUGAAACAGUGUGUAUUCCUUCAACUACAUAUGUGAAAAUAAAUGCUACAUGCACGUUUAUCCGGAAUUGCUUGAAUCCAAAUCCUGAACUCUUGAAAAGCAGUCAAGAAGGUAACUACACCGAUUUCAAGAGCCUGCCAUUGGCACAUGUAAGGGAUGAAAAGGUAGCUGAAGGGAUCCUUGUCAUGGAGAAAACCAAGAAAGCAAGGGCUGUGCACCAGACUGAACUGUUGCCAAUGUUGGGAAUGGUUGAAAACAAACUUCAGUUUGCAUACUGUUGCCCUCUAAAUAUGAGCAGUCUUGAACAUUUUAGAUCACAUGAACUUGAUAGGCCAUGUGCCCUAUCAAGUUCAUCGUCCAAAAAUACAGAACCUUCUUCCUCAACCAAAAUGUUGCUGUCUCCUGAUCAAUGUUCUUGGCUUCAGCUUUUGCUGUUAAAACUUUCCCAGUCACUUUCUGAAUGGAGCAACAUCCAACAGUUCCCUGACCAUCUACAAUUGGAUUCAUUCCGUGUCUCUGUCUGUUCAAAUACCAGCUGCCCUUACAAGUGCAAGGAGGACGUACAUGAUGAAUUGUCUGCUAUAUUUUUCUGCUGCAGUUGGUUGGUAGGAGAUGAAAAGCUGGCAUGGAAAAUCAUUUCAGUGAUGAAGGAUCGAGAUUCAACUACCGCUCCUAGAUGACCAAGUGGCUGACUCAUUGGAACCCAUGGAUAAGCCUCAUUUUAGAAACAAAAUUGGUGGACUGCACCCAUAAGUCUCUCUCUGCUCGAAUUUCUCAUUGCUGAUUCAUACAAGUAAAUUCAAGUUGGACGGUGAACAUGGUAAGUGUAAGAUUUCUACUUAUGUCGUAUCAACAUAGAUUUACUGGAAGCUAAAUUAUCACGGAUUUUUUAUUCUUGAUUGUUUACAGGUGUUAAAUUAUUUAUUAGUCUGAUGUUUAUAGAAAGGUAAGAUCGGCUGUACUAAGUUACCCCCUUCUUUCUCCCCCAGUUUCCCUUGGUAGAGGAGGUGGUUUUGGGAGUUUUUCUCAAUGACCUUGUAUAACAUAUUACAUUAUAUCAUAAGGGUUAUUUUUUUUGGACCA